AAGGUUUUGAAGAAUUUGAUAAAACUUUUGAAAAGAUUGAUGUGGAUGAUGAAUUAAAACUCUUAGAAUUAAUUAACGAUUUACCAACAAAUGAAACAAAUGAUCAUCUUACUGCAUUUGACUAUAUCCAUGCUGAGAAUGAAGAAGUUAAUGAAGGUCUUACUGAAGAAGAGAUCUUGGAAAUUGUUAAAAGUAAAGAUAAGGAGGAGGAAGAGGAAGAACAGAGAGAGGACCUUGUUGAAGAAGGACCAGAAUUCAGAAAUGUUGAAGAAGUAAAGGUUUUACGAAAGUUGUACAAGAGA